AUGUACCUCCAUGUUAAUGUGUGCAGAGAGCCGUGUUACUGGACAUACCGACAUGAUAAUGUGUUAAUUGAGUCGUGUUACUGGACGUACCACCAUGUUAAUAUGUACAGAGAGCCGUGUUACCGGACAUACCGCCAUGUUAAUGGGUGCAGAGAGCUGUGUUACUGGACGUACCACCAUGUUAAUAUGUACAGAGAGCCGUGUUACUGGACGUACCACAAUGUUAAUAUGUACAGAGAGCCGUGUUAUUGGACGUACCGCUAUGUUAAUGUGUGUAGAGAGCCGUGUUACUGGACGUACUGCUAUGUUAAUGUGUGCAGAGAGCCGUGUUACUGGACGUACCGUUAUGUUAAUGUGUGCAGAGAGCCGUGUUUCUGGACGUACCGCUAUGUUAAUGUGUGCAGAGAGCCGUGUUACUGGACGUACUAA